UACGAUACCGGGAAUGUUUAAAGGAAUUACGAAAAAAAUUUACGAUGUCUAAAAUUUUAUCUUUGAUUUUCGUAGUUUUUGUAAUCAUCUGUCAUGGCCGAGGACACAGUUUCGCUGUUCCGCAGUCCGUCUAUGGUUCCACUUUGAACAGGCAAUCCAAUCAAUUAAUAAGCGAUGCGGAUCUCCAAUCAGCGCUGAUGCCCCAAGAAUUGAAUCCAGCUUACGUUCCUGAAAAGUUAUUUCAGGAUGCACCGUGGCGCGCUGUGAUCCCCCUCGGUCGACAGCGACGCGACAUAGAUGGCGUGGAAAACGCACAUGCGCCUGCGACUGUGUCGCAUAGUUUGAAGGUGUACAGUCGCAUGGCUACAUGCAUCGCAUUAGCAAUCGCAGCGAUUGUCGAAAUAAUUUUAUAUGUUAUCGAGUUUUAUACCGUCAGUUGAAUAUAUUGAUGUUU